GAUCUGGCUGCUACGUCACCAUUGAGGAAGGUAGGAGGAGGGAGCAGCUCCAGCAGCCGAGAAAAGAGCGUCGGAGAGGCUGCCUCUUUGGCUCUGGUAUCAUCAUGUCCAUCUCAUGGAAGCAGCUCUGGUGCCGGAUCCUGAUCCUUCUCCUCCAUUUCAAGGGAAUCUGCACAAAGAACCCCAGUUCAACACCAACUCAACUGGCACCCAGCACUUCACUCCAGACUUUGGUGCGGCACGUUGUGCUGAAAGGUGACCAUCAGUCAGAGGUGAUUCAAGUGUGGAAUCCCCUCAACCUCACACUCCAGUGCCUCUGGGCUGGAGACCCAAACCAGGCUUCUUCUGUCAGCUGUGUUUGGAGGAAGGACGGAGCUGAUAUCGGGAGCAGCAGACAGAUGGUGCCAAAGGAGAACCAGCAGUUCAGACUGGAAAGAGUGUUCCACAUCGAUAAUGAAAAAGCCCUUGGAAUUUACUCCUGUGUGUUCGGCGAGAAUGUGACGCAAGAUUUCCUGGUGAAAGGGCCGCAGAUCGAAGAGGCGCGUGACAAGCCGAUUGUCAGCUACGUAGGAGACUACGUGGUGAUUGAGUGUAAACUGGACGACUCCAAACCAAAACCCAACGGCUGGACCUGGUUUAGACAGAAUGGUACAGAGAAGGAGCAGAUCCAGGUGACUGGCCGCUACAAAGUCAAAACUGAGGUCAGGAAGACCAGAUUGCAGGUGCACAACCUGACCGAGGACGAUUCUGGUUACUACCAUUGCGGCGCCAACUAUGCAAUUCAAAUCGCCACCAGCCGGGUGGAGCUGAAGGUCAUCACCUUCUACGAGCCUCUGAAGCCAUUCAUUGCCAUAAUUGUGGAAGUCAUUGUUCUGGUCGUCGUCAUCUUGCUGUAUGAGAGAAGUCAGUCAGGGAAGAAGACCGAAGCAGCCACCAUUCCCUUGAACACGACGACGAGCACCGAACAGAGCAAAGCUGCGAUGUCAGCCGAGAAUGACGUGGAUAACAAGAGCUCUUCAGUCAGACGUCGUGGCAACACCGACGAGUCGUAAACGGAGCAUAGCCUCUCUUCUUCAGACGGCGACGUUUUUACACAGUUCAACAUGCCUCAAUUCUAAUUCUUGCCUCGAUUCAACUAAAUUCUGACAUCGCUUGAGUGACACAAACCAGUCACCAACAGUACUAACAAGAACACAGAGCAGUUUUCUCUCCUGAUGAGAAGAAGUCAUCCAGGCGAGACUCACAGUAGAACAGUGGCCAGUGGAGGUGGCUUCUUGCCUGGAAUGCAGUCCUUUCACCAAGCAAUCUGGGUAGGUUUGUCUCAUGUAUAGUAGUAAAGAUCCCGUUCCCCCAUGUCAGUCUCGAGUCCCCACUGACAAUACCCUUCUCUAGGGUAGGGACAUGGGAGAGAACAAAAUAACAUACAACACUUUGAGAUACAAAGGCGAUUAUAAAUUCACAUUUGUUAAUGAAAUUAUUGAAGUUACGAGGGUUCAUCUUGUUCAAAUGCAAAUCAACAGUGGUGACAUGUCUAUUGUUUGAUUUGGACCACAUUUGGUAAGUAGGUAACUGGUCGAUACAUAUCGACCAAGAUGGCUCAGUGAGGCUUUUAUUUCUCGUAUCAUGGCUGGGAAACGCUUGAAUGGGCUGUUAGAAACAGACAGGUUUUCUUCUCUCAACCACACAUUUUGACUUCCUGUUCAACUGAAAUUGGUGUGACACACAUUUUCACUUGACUCUAAAGGCCAACAUGCGCACUUCCCCUUUGAGGUUUUGAGAUGUCCUUGAUUCGAGCUGUUCUUUAAACCUAGGUAUGUUUACUUCACCUAAGACUGUCAGUUGGGAUUCAUAAGUCACCAGCGAACCAGCCAAUGAUCCAAACAGGAGUAUGCACGUUUGGAAACCAAGUUAGGACUGAUGUUGGACUAAAUACAUAUCACUAUUCAACUACAAAUAAACGCUUAUUUAAGCAAUCAAAGAUGCAACAAGAGAGUUCUAGAUUUACAGAAGAGCUGGAGGAGAGGUGUAUGUACGAGCUGGGAAGAAGAUGAAUGAAGCCCAGAAGAACCAAGACAGGCAGGAGGGCUAAUGAAGUUGGACUAGAGGUAGAGAAAACAGUUGAGUUCAGGUACUAUGGAUCUGUGACAGACAAAUGGCAGCGAGAGUAUUUAGCUAUAUCGGAUAGUCCUGACAUGAUGUAUGCGCGAGAGGCAGCAGCCCCAGCUCAAGGACAGGACGCAAUUAGAGGAGUCAGAGUUGAAAAUGUGGAGUAACUAGGAAGGUCAAGAUCAGAAACCAACACAUCAGAGGAUCAUGGUGCUCAUGGAGAAAGGUUUGGUAUCUUAGGAAGACCAGACUCAGGUGGGUUGGACGGGUGGAAAGGAGAGACAGGAACCUGAAGGACAAAGAACAUUAAAAAUGGGAUUGGCAGGCGAAAAAAGGGGAGGGACGCAACCAUUGCAGUUCAUGGAUGUGAUAAAGGAGAACAUGAAGAGUAGGCCAUGAUUAGAGUGGACGCAAGAGAAGCUGUUGGAGACUGACUCACUGUGGCAAGUCCAGGGAAAUGCCAGAAAAGACCUAAGAUUCUAACGUGCUUGUUCUCCAGGUUUUCUGUCUCACGUUCAUGCUCUCUGCCGUAGUAUCUGCACAGGCAGUGAAUGACGCUAGUAAUGUGUAUCAUUAAAGCAAUACUGUGAAUCAGAUUAUUCAUUAUAACAAAUGGUUUAGCUGUAUUUCAUAUUUUCAACAUGUAAACCUCACAUCACUUUUACUUUUGAAAUAGCUCCUGCUUGCUGCUAUAAUGUCAAACGGUGAACAAACUUGUACUGUGUUCCUGCUCGAGUCUGCCACCUGCAGCUCACAUGUCUGCAUAGAUAUUAAAAAAAUAUAUGGCAAUAUUUUUGGUUGUCUACUUUCAGUCCCUUGACUUUUUUAAGUCAUUAAAAUUAACUUGUCCUGAUCAUAGUAACACAGCUG